AUGAAAUGGUGGAGCUUCCACCUCCAACACCCACGUUCACAACAACGCCCUCAGGAGCUGCCAAAACAACUCCUAGUGGACCAUCUGGCGAAGGAACUACUGCAGGACCACCCGGUAGCAAAGGAACUACAGUGGGACCACCAGGACCACCCGGCAGUAAAGGAACUACUGCGGGACCACCAGGAUCACCCGGCAGCAAAGGAACUACUGUGGGACCACCAGGAUCACCCGGCAGCGAAGGAACUACUGCGGGACCACCAGGAACACCCGGCAGCGAAGGAACUACUGCGGGACCACCAGGAACACCCGGCAGCGAAGGAACUACUGCGGGACCACCAGGAACACCCGGCAGCGAAGGAACUACUGCGGGACCACCAGGAACACCCGGCAGCGAAGGAACUACUGCGGGACCACCAGGAACACCCGGCAGCGAAGGAACUACUGCGGGACCACCAGGAACACCCGGCAGCGAAGGAACUACUGCGGGACCACCAGGAACACCCGGCAGCGAAGGAACUACUGCGGGACCACCAGGAACACCCGGCAGCGAAGGAACUACUGCGGGACCACCAGGAACACCCGGCAGCGAAGGAACUACUGCGGGACCACCAGGAACACCCGGCAGCGAAGGAACUACUGCGGGACCACCAGGAACACCCGGCAGCGAAGGAACUACUGUGGGACCACCAGGAACACCCGGCAGCGAAGGAACUACAGUGGGACCACCAGGACCACCCGGCAGUAAAGGAACUACUGCUGGACCACCCGGCAGCGAAGGAACUACUGCGGGACCACCAGGAACACCCGGCAGCGAAGGAACUACUGCGGGACCACCAGGAACACCCGGCAGCGAAGGAACUACUGCGGGACCACCAGGAACACCCGGCAGCGAAGGAACUACUGCGGGACCACCAGGAACACCCGGCAGCGAAGGAACUACUGCGGGACCACCAGGAACACCCGGCAGCGAAGGAACUACUGCGGGACCACCAGGAACACCCGGCAGCGAAGGAACUACUGCGGGACCACCAGGAACACCCGGCAGCGAAGGAACUACCGCGGGACCACCAGGAACACCCGGCAGCGAAGGAACUACUGCGGGACCACCAGGAACACCCGGCAGCGAAGGGACUACUGCUGGACCACCAGGAUCGCCCGGCAGCGAAGGGACUACUGCUGGACCACCAGGAUCGCCCGGCAGCGAAGGAACUACUGCUGGCCCACCAGGAUCGCCCGGCAGCGAAGGGACUACUGCUGGACCACCAGGAUCGCCCGGCAGCGAAGGGACUACUGCUGGACCACCUGGAUCGCCGGGCAGCGAAGGAACUACUGCUGGACCAUCCGGUGAAGUGA